ACUUCAGCCUGUUGUUUCCUUUUUAACGCUCACAUGCCAGACUGACCUCUCGUCGUCGUCGUCGCUGCGAGGUAAAAAUAAGGGCAUCUUUCUGGAUCAUUCUGCAUCUCUGAGUCACUCGAGAGGCUUUGUUGUCGUCCAGGCCCGACGGUGUGCUCAACACUCCGGCUGGAUUUUUGGAGUCGGAGGCUUUAGAUUCUGCGACUGGAAGCGGCUGCAUAUAAAUCUGGGCAACAAUGAUGGAGGAGAUGUCCAUGGCGAUGGCCUAUGACGCCAAUGCUUUUGACCAGAUGAGCGAGGAGGAGAUCCUCGCCUGUCUGGUUUCUGAAACGGAACCUAAAAACACAGUACCAACAAAGAAAGCUAAACUGAAGGAAUGCCGGCUUCAGAUAAUGGAAGACGUAGAAGAUCCUUUGGACAAAUACCUGAAGGAAAACCGGCGGCUUCAGCAGACCAGCCACCGUCUGGAGCAGGAAAAUGACAACUUGGCCCACAGACUGAUCAGCAGCAAGGUCGCCCUGAGGAACGCUCUGGACAAGGCGGAGGAUAGAGUGGAUGAACUAACAAAAGAUCUGCUGCAGACCAGACAUCGACUGCAGGCCACAGAAGAGGAGAAGAAAGGGAAAGAGGAGGAAACUGUGAUGCUGAAGGAAGUGUUUCGGAGAGAGCUGGAGAAGGCUGAGCAAGAGGUCAAAAGGUCGUCUGGUAUCAUUGCAGACUACAAGCAGAUCUGCUCUCAGCUGACAAACCGUCUGGAGAAGCAGCAGGCCGCCCACAGAGAGGAGUUAGAUUCGCUCAAGAGUGUAAUGAGGGCUUGCUCCUGCUGUCAACACGUUGUCGAGUCAGAUGAGUCGUCCGAUGCAGGUCAGAGCUCUGCAGCAGCGGGGCAGACAGAAGGCCGAGGGAUGACUAAACAAGGCAGCGAGGAGAGCGAUGCAGGUCCUAGGAAGGAGGAGGAGGAGGAGGAGGAGGAGCAGAGGAUUGAGGACCGAGAAAAGGAGUCCCUCAGGACUCAGAUCAGGGAGCUGGAGCAGGAGUUGGUUCAGACCAAACUCCAGAUGGUGGAAGCCAAGUGCAAGAUCCAGGAGCUGGAGCACCAGAAGGGAAUCCUGUCCAACGACCUCCAGGAAUCAAAGAACAACUGGAUCAGUAAGGCCUUCACCUCCCUGCGGACCUCCAGCGGUGGGCUUCACGGUAUUAGCAUACCCAAAGACGGGGCUGCUUCAGGGGGUUGGAGCCUCCACGGCGCCUCCCUCUCUGGAUGGAGCGCCAAGAAGCUGUCGUGGCCUCACAGAGACAAUCGAGAAAAAGUCUGACAGCUCGGACUGUGAGUGCGCACAUAAAACUGGACACUAUUGAAGUGGGAGCUGAACUUGAGCCACAUUGUUAUGUACAGACUGGAUUUAAUCAUGCAGUUUCUCAAUGUGGACACUAGAUGGCAGCACAGAGAACGAAACUAGCAGAGGAGAGUACCUGAGAGCACAAACAGGUGAUGUCAAACAGGGACUUUCAAGCCUGUUUACCAAAUACACAACCACUGUAUUUACUGCUGUAUUAUUUUGUAUAGUUGUGAACCUAAUCCAUGUGCGACGUGAGUCCC